UUUCCAGAGCCCAAGAAGAAACCGAAACCCAGUGCCACAAUCAUCAGUCAUCUACUCAUCUCCCUUUGAUCUUAUUAGCUCUGGAUACAUCGAUUCUCGAUUAUUCCAACUUUCCUUCCCACUCUUUUACAGAAACACAUUGUUCUUGUCCACACUCAAUCUCAAACCUCAGCAAUUUGCAAUUAUUUUUCCCCUCUUCCCCAAACCAACGCUCACCACUUCACUCCACCGUCGUUAUUUAAGCAACGAAAAAAUAUCUUACACGCACCACACUCUCCCACACAAUAAGAACCUCGGAAUAUUCCAAUUAAUAAAAAAAAAAAAGGUUCAGUGUUACUCUUAUUUUGUUGUUACAAUCAGACACUUGGAAGAACAAUGGCAACCCUAGGGUUUGAAUCCUAUGCGGUGCUUCCAUUCUUUACAAUGUUCCUCGCUAUCUAUCUCAUUGGCUACUUCCUAAUUUUCCGCAACUGGAGCCCUAAGAUCCGACCCGAAGCAUCCAGCUGCCUCAUAUCCUUCUUCCACGGCACUCCCGCCGUACUUCUCGCCUCCGCCGCCAUCCUCUCCGACCCCAACCGUGGCUUCGCCGCCGCAAACACCGCCUUCCAGAAGCUAGUUCUAGACUACAGCAUCGCAUACUUCCUCAUGGAUCUCCUCCACUACCUCGUGUUCUUCCCAAGCGACGUUCUCUUCAUCGCGCACCACCUCGCCACUCUAUUUGUCGUUGCCACGUGUCGCCAUGUGGUUUCCCACGGCGCCUUCGCUGUGCUUUUCUUGCUUCUUCUCGCCGAGGUCACCAGCGCGUGCCAGAACGCCUGGACGCUGGCCGGUGCGCGUCGGAAGGAGGAUCCGUUUGCGGCGAAGGUGUACGAGGCGCUUUCGCCGCCGUUUUAUGCUCUGUAUUCGGUGGUGAGGGGAUUCGCCGGACCUUACUUUGUUUAUGAGAUGGUUGUGUUCUAUGCGGGCGAGCAUGGUGAUGGUUUGGUUCCGAGGUGGAUUUGGGUUUCUUGGGUGGCGGUUGUUUUGAUGGCAAUUGCUGUUAGCAUCUUGUGGAUUUGGAAUCUUUGGGUUGAGCUUUACAGAGAGAGGACAAGGAAAUUACAAGAGAAGAUUAGAUAGUAGUGUUGGUUAUGAAUUUUUAGGAUUAGUCCUGUUGUGCUUUUAUAGUUUUAAUUAUUGUAACAAUUUUAAGUCUAAUUUAUUGAUUGCAUUGACAAAUUCUAUAACUCUGCAUUGCUGUUUUACUCUGCUAUGUUUUUCUUUGUUG